AUGUCAACCAUGGAACCAGAGAAAACCGGUUAUAAAAAUUAUAGCAGACAAAAGUUAUUGGAAAUUGUUGAUGAAUGUAGAGAAGCUCCUGCAGAACAAUUAAGACAAUUGAAAAGAUUAAGAUGUGAUGAGUUUGAUAUACCAAUUAGAACUUUAAAUACAUAUUUAAAAUUAGAUCCAUCAAUGAUGGAUAUUGAAAAAAGUAAUGAAAAAUUAACAAGAUUAGAAGAGAAAGAACUUUGUAAUUAUUUAAUGGAAGCAGCUCAAAAAGGUGUACCUAUAGAUGGUAAAACAUUGAUGUUAAGUGCUAUUAAUCUUCUUCAAAAAAGAGAUCCAAAAGGUUCAUUGUCACCAGGAUGGUUAAAAUGA